AUGGGGGAACCUAUGGACUACAGACAAGAGAGCAGCCCACCACCGCUUUUUAGCACAAACCAGAGGAUGCACGAGUAUUCGAAAGAUCUUCCCGCAAUGCUCAAGACCGGGCAAUAUUCUGACUUGACCAUCGUCUGCGGCAACAACCGGUAUCGAGUUCACAGGAACAUCAUUUGCGCUCGAUCUAAAUUCUUUGACGUCUCAUGCGAUAGUGGAUUUAAGGAAUCAAAUGGGGAGAUAAUGCUCCCGGAUGAUGAUCCCGCCGCGGUACAAAAGAUGAUUGGAUAUAUAUACAACAUCGAAUACACCCCCGAAACAAAACAAAUGCAGGAACACGAUGACGAUGUUGAGGCAGAGCUUUCAGAUACAGACUACGAUGCUAGCGAACGCUAUCGUAUGAAGCUUUUCGGGGCAGAAUUCGUCGAACGAAAGACGAUAAAACGGUUCAAAGAGCGUAAAUGGGCAAGCUGGAAGGUCGACGAAUUUAUCCCGUCAUCGCAGCUAAGCCUGCAUGCAAAGGUUUACGCGCUGGGGGAGAAGUACAGAAUAGAAGGCCUGAAGAAGGAAGCCAAGAGAAAGUUUGAGAGUGAAAUCCAGAGUGGGAAUGUUGGGGUCGACGACUUUGGGGGGCGGUGGAGGAGGUGUAUACUUCAACGGUCAGCGAAGAUAGGGGCUUGA